AUGCCAACCGCCAAAGCCCAGGUGAACGAUAAGCGGCUGGAGGCAGUUAUAAACAAAGAAUCCUAUCUUGGAGAGCCACCAACAGACCGAGAGCUGAUACGGGCCCGAUAUGUGCUCGCUUCCUCCUGGGAAGUGUACCCUUUGGCACUUGAGGACCCUGCCAUACUGGAUGACAUUCGCAAACAGCAUCACGUGUGGAUCACCAGAGUAAGAGAGACCCAAGCCUGGGAUAUUUAUAGUGAGUCGGCAUCUGGUUUGCAAGAAGCUGUUCAUGCAUUCAACCAAACUGUGCACGAUCUGCGCCUGCAAAAAGAGCUUCUUGCUACAGUGCUUGUCGUCCAGAAGAGCUCUAGAGUUACCGAGGACGCUCGCAUAUCAGUGGCGCCCAAUUCGAGACCCGAAGUGACAACACCGUUGUCUGGAUCAUCGGAUAUAAAGAGAACUGCGGCAAAACUUCUCCAAACCCUUCGCCCGCAUCUCCUCAAUUCCACAGAGUGUGCAAUGAGUGUUGACUCUGAGCUCAGGAUGCGUGUGGAUUUCGGCGAAGUGAAGAUAUUUGUGAAGUACAAGGGCAUGAAUAAAGUGCUCACUUAUGAUGAGUUUACGGAAGCGGCAAAGUCAUUCUCGAUUCGAGGAGGCAUUGGACUAUUUGACAGGUUGAACGAGCUCAAGCUCUCAAAUCACGUUAUAAAAUAUUUAUUAGCCUUGGAAGGAGAUAAUGGCCUUCGAUUGGACCAUAAUACCAUAAGACGAACGUAUGCCUUGACAUUGGGCUUGCAAUGGAAAGAGGUAUACGUAGAAGGCUGCGAGAAUGGUAGCUUCGAUACCUUACGAGCAAAGAUGGGCAUUGCAUGCCCAACCAAGUGGCUCAACUGGGUGAUGGCCACCCCAGACAUGAGACUUGAUUGGAGCAUUAGAGCAGAUGCAUACGAUUUUGAGAGUGUACCAGACGGCAUCAACAAACUUAUCAACGAGUUGAGUCUUAUACCAGCUACAUACGAAGAAACGGACGAUUUUCUCAAACCGGGUGAGGUGAUAGUCGGUCAAGCCGGGCCGUGGAAAGACAAAAUAUCGGAAACUCGCCUGAAGACGACGUUCGCUGUCGAACUUCAGGGUACUCCCUAUAUGCUAGAGAUAAGCAUAACCCAGAUCUGGAAGGGGCUCAAGACGAGAUCGCCGGCAAAACUCGCGUGGGGCAUUCAGCUUUAUGGCAAGCACUGGGAUUCGGCCAUGAACCAGGUGAAUCCGCAUAGUAGGAGGAAGGACUGGGGAGAGGGACAGAAGAAUGUUUGGGUUGGCACUGAUCCAGAUCUGGGGAGGAGGUUCCGAAGCUUCCUUGAAGUCGUCUUGCAGCUCCAGCAGCAUGUGGAGGAUGUACCGCCCUUGAUCUUGGAGGAGGAUGAAGAUCUCUCAACCGUGGCCAAUGUGUAG